CCCCUUCCCUCACGCCGUCCCUUUUCUCUGCCCCACAGCGAGCUGGAUUAUUACGACUCCCCCAGUGUCAACGCCCGGUGCCAAAAGAUCUGUGACCAGUGGGACUCCCUAGGAUCUCUGACCCACACACGGAGGGAAGCGCUGGAGAAAACAGAGAAGCAGUUGGAGACCAUCGACCAGCUCCACCUGGAAUAUGCCAAGCGAGCAGCACCCUUCAACAACUGGAUGGAGAGCGCAAUGGAGGACCUCCAGGACAUGUUCAUUGUCCACACCAUAGAGGAGAUAGAGGUACGAGGCUGUCCAAUAAAUCUUCCUAUCCUCUCUACCCUGCAAGAAUCUGGAA